GGCAGACGAAUUGUUUUCACAAAGGAUGAGUUGAGGGUAUUGAAGGAAUGCAACAAUGAAAGUUUCUAUUACAGAUGUUUACCGUUAGGUGUGCUGUUCAUUGGAACGACACAACUCCUUACAAAUAGAGGAAUCUUAAAGCCAAACAAAAAAUUUGGAGCACUUUUCAAAAACAUGGCAGCAGGUCUGGCAGCUUUCUUGCUAGGUAAACUGACGUAUCAGGGGACAUGUCGGGAGAAGAUCAUGCAACUGCAAGACAGUCCAAUGGCAGAUGCCCUCAGGAAGGGGAAGUGGGGUACAGAGGUCGUUCAGGACAUGUUAGUGUCGUCGGUGGUGUCGAUGUAUGUAAUUAAAUACAUGUAA